UCUUGAUAACUUUUAGCGCCAUCUUGUUUUUGUAAACGUUUUGCAAACGACGCUGAAUGUAAUAAAUGUUAGAUGUGUAUUUUUGUAAUUACAUUUCGUGGUGUUCAGUAGUUAUGAGUAUUGAGUUUUCUUCCUUAAGCUAUGAUACGCUUGUGUUUACUCCUGAUGUAGGCUGAGUUAUUUAUGAAACUUCUCGGAGUUUGUCAAUUAUGAGCGCCGGUUCCAAAAGCAGUGAUGGGCUGGAUGACGCUACGUGCACCAUCAUGGAGACGUCCAUGCUGGAGGAGGAAGGGUACUUCGACCCGGCAGAGGGCUCCGGGGCCGGCCUGAGCGGGGCGGGCGGCAAGAAGCGCCUGGAGAGCCUGUGCCGCGUGUGCGCCAACGUCAGCGACUACUUCAUCCCCGUGUUCGAACGGGAGGGGGCGGAGCACCAGCUGGACAUGAAGAUCCGCAAGCACCUGCCGAUACGGGUGCUGGAGACGGACGGCCUGCCCGCGCAGGUGUGCUACCAGUGCGCGUCGACGCUCAUCGCGUGGCACGACCUGGUGACCGCGUGCGUAGAGGCCGAUAAGAAGCUGCACCGGCUCCUGCUGGAGGAAGAGGACGACGACUACGCGGACCGCGACGAGAAGGUUGUCGAGUUUUUUAAUGAGCCGCCUGUAGACUCUGACGGAGAAGAUUUCAGUGAGCCAAGUACUUCUGCAGCUGUUGUUGAAACGAAAGAGUGUUUGCCGCCUCAGAAAAAAAGGACGUCUGGAAAAGGGAAGCAGCAGCGGAAAGCUCAGCGUGCUUCGAACGCCUCGCCCGAGAGUGGUGCCAAAGGCAACACUGCCCUGAGCGACAGUAAGGAGACUGGUGCCGGCCAGAAAGGAGCGGUCGACAGUGCCUUGUCCACGGAAAGGUGGCCGGCGACUCUGUCAGAAACACCGCAGCCAAAGGAGGAAUAUUUCCCUCACUCGGUCCUCAUCAAGUCGGAGGUUUCGUUCGCCGAGGACGAUUGUCCCAUGUGCCCGCAGUGCUGUGCGACGAUGGUGUCCAACGGUGAACUUGCCACCCACCUGUUGGCCAUCCACUCGAACGUGGCCUACCACUGUUACGGGUGCGACCAGAUAUUUUUUGGCAGCAAGAAACAUUUUAUAGCUCACGUGAGAGGGCACCGAGACCUGAAGUGCGACGACGAAACCGUCCCACAGCGACCGGUUUUAAAUUUGAAAGUGCGUGGGAGAAAAAAUUUUUCUUGCGAUGUUUGUGGCAAGUGCUUCUCCCGAAAGUUUAACUUGCUGAGGCAUCAGAGAAUCCAUUUUAUUAAUUCCAUCAUCUACAAAGGACACAAGAACGAGUCUUUCGUCUGCGUGACGUGCGGUAAAGUGUUUCCGGAAACGGACAUUCUGCGACAUCUUCAAACGGUUCACGGGUCUUUUCCAGAAAUGGAAAACACUGAUGCGGAUCGUACCAACGAGGCAAGUAAAACACACCAGAAUGGUUGUUUGCCUUCCAAGAAAAUACUUUCUGAUAUGAAUAAUAGUAGUAGUAGUAUGGAUAGCAACAAUGAAAAUAGUGGGGUUGUGGGCCAUGCGAAAGCGUUGAAAAAACACAGUGUUUUUUGUUACGUUUGCAAUAAAAUAUUCAGCAGAAAGUAUGAUAUGUUAAGGCACUUCAAGAAGCAUUCGGUAGAAGACAUCGCGAAGGCGGAAAGCGACGCCCCGUCGGUGGACGAAGACGGAGACAGCAGUUACAUGUCGAGGCACACCCGGGCGCCGGGAAGCUCCGUCGUGGACGGGAACGAGGCCAGAGUCACGGUGGGCCGGCGGUCGCCGCACCGCUGCGACCAGUGCAGCCGACACUACCCGUCGAGGUACCUGCUGGAGCGCCACCUGCGCGUGCACACGGGCGAGAAGCCCUUCACCUGCCACGUGUGCGGCAAGCAGUUCCGCAUCGCGGUGCAGCUGAGCCGGCACCUGCGCGACGUGCACGAGGGCGUCAAGAACCACCCGUGCGACAUCUGCGGGCGCCGGUUCGCCAGCGCCCAGUCGCGGGACGACCACCGGCGCGUGCACACGGGCGAGCGGCCAUGCGUGUGCCACCUGUGCGGCAAGGCGUUCAAGACGAAGGCAUCGCUGUUCGUGCACAGCAAGUUCCACGCGGACGUGUUCCCGCACGAGUGCGCGCGCUGCGGCCGUGCGUUCCGAAUGCGCCAGCAGCUGGACGUUCACGUGCUGCUGCACACGGGGGAGAAGCCCCACGCCUGCCGCUUCUGCGGGAAGAGCUUCCGGCUGAGCAAGACGCUGAAGGACCACCUGCUCAUCCACACCAACCGCAACACCUACGAGUGCCCCCAGUGCGGGAAGCACUUCUCCCAGCAGCGGUACUUGAAGAACCACCUCAGAGCCCACAAGAGGUCGGGCCUCUCCUCGAGGAACGACGCUCCAGAAUAGUAGUGAUCAUUACCGUCGCUGAUGUCUAGACAGAUAUUUUUCAGUCUUCCAUUUUACAUUUUAUAUCUGACUAGUUCUGAAAUUGUAACUGCUAUCAAAUUGGUGAUUUCUUUGUUAACAUGUAUACCAUGUUUAGUUUUAAGUUUCUUUAAAAUAUGAUUUUUCUACAUUUUACAAUUUUUGUACGUGCUCUAUGCUUUGUAAACAAACGCCGCAUUACAGUCGAGUAUGUUAACAAACAAAUAUGAAUUACAGAUAUUUUUUUGGCAGUUUUGACGAUAGAAGAUUAUGUUCUUGUUGUAUUUAUGUUUUAAGACAUCGGUGAUGAGAUAACCGAGCAAUAGAGGGAGAAUGUAGAGGGUGAGGAAUUUCUAGGUUUAUAGAGACUAAAAUUUGUGAAGUACGGUAUAGAAAAUGUAGGAUGUGCUAGUUAACAGGUGAUGAAAAGAUUAGCAAAGUGAUGUGGGAGUGAGGAGAUACGCAUGAAACUGGUCUGGGAACAGCUGACUAUAGCAACAUGCUUGUACCUAACCAUCAUAUUGGUGGCGAUAGUUCAUCACACAUUUUGUUCCUUUAUAAGUUAGGGUGUACUGGAAUGUAUAUUUUUGUACACUCAAUUAAUAGAAAAAAAAAAUUUUGUACUGUUAUCUGUGCUGGGCCACUAUUAUAUCGAUAAUUUAGGUUUGCUGAAACACAACAAUGGGAAUACCCAAAAUAAAGGUACAAAAAAUUAGUUGCAUCAAAUUAUUAUAAUAUAGUUAUUAAUCCAUUCAGUUUAUAUUAUAUUUUUGCUAUGCAGAUUGUUUAAGAUUUUGCUUAUUACAUGUAACAAGUAAAGAAUGUGUGUUUGUUUGGAUAUGUGCAUAGUUUUGUGUGGGUGUGCCAAUUAUAAUUAUUUUCCAACUUUUUACUUGUAAUAUUGCAGAACUAUGGCAGGGCACUGAAUCUGCAAAACUGUAGUAACCGUUUUGUUAAGAUUAAAGAUUGAGAUUUUUUAUUUACAGAAAAAUUUUUCACUUUUGUCAGUGACCUUUAAACUUCCACAGAGACAGUCAAAGCUCUAGAUAAUUCCUAAAACACAAUAAGUUAAAGAGUUUUCUUGUGCAACAUCACACUUUGUGCUUAUUUUUUAUGAUUGAGAAUGUGUGCUACCCUCUUCUUUCCUUCUGUGGAUUUGAUGGGUGGAAAAGUGUUAAAACAGAAGACAUUGUGAAUUACUAGAGUUAAAAGAUGUUGCAGAACAAGGUUAUGGAUCGUGAUUCAAGGACGUCUGGGUCAGAUUGCUUCUACUGGAGGGGAGACAAAUUUUUUUUUCCCCCAGUGUAAUAUUAAGUUUUUUUAAUAAUGGUAUUUUCUCAACUUCAUUCAAGUGUAGUUAUUGCAAUUAAAAUUUUGAUAAGCAAAAUACUUUCAAUCUAAAAGGUUUCAAACAUCUUAGAUGUUUAAAUUAGCACAAAAAUAAUUUUUUUUAAAGAAGAAACACAGUCAAAACUAGAGAAGGGUCAGUAGUAUUUCAUAGUUAAUAGUUUUAAGAAAAUCCUUUCGAAAAUGAUGUCUGUUCUGCAGAUAAAGAAGUUCAUAAUUUAAACAAGUUGUGUUCUCGUAUGCAAAAACAAAUAAUGGAAAAGCCAAAGGAAUUAUGAAUUAUGAACUUUUUAAAUCCGCUAAAUGUACAAAACAAAAUAUUUAGUUUUACAGAAUUUGGACAUUUAUAAUGGAUUACCAAUUAAGUGUUGGGUCCAUUCAUAUUCUGGAAUCGGCAGGGUUCAUUGGUUCAAUAGAAUUGAAGGAUUCGGUAUCCAAAGGUUCUGGAAUCAAAGCUGAUUGUUUCUUUCCCUAUAGCAAAACCUCGAACGGUACAGUCAUAUUAUUUUAAUAGAAAUGUAAAAGUCAGUUUGUUAAUACCUACAAUUAGGAUUUAAUCAGAAUAAUUGGGUUUUAUUAAAUGUGUGGAACAGAACUUGACUAUAAAUAUGUCACACCUUUUAUCUUUUUUAAGCCGAAAACUUUGUGUGACAAAUACGACACCACCUAAUGGAAGAAGGUGGUACGUACUUAUCACCAGUCAGCUGGUUGGCUAGCCCAUCCGGGCGUGACCUUUAACACAUGUCACGUACCUUUCCAUGAAAUUUUCAAACCAUCCUUUACUAGCAGUGAAACUGAUAUUACUGUCCGGAUAUUUACACUUUAAUUUAAAAAAAAAAAAUUAAAUUUUUUUUUGUGUAUCACCGCUUGGUUCACACCAAUCCUGUCAGACCCAUGAUUUUUUUUUUCAUAGCACAGUUAAUUUAACAGCCUUUCCAUACUAUUCAUAUGUUCAUUUCUGUUCUGGUAUCUAAUAUUAAAAUAUAUUCCCGCUAGUACAUACAACCAACAUUAUCAGACUUGCAUAAACAUUUGAUAAUCAUUAUUUUGUACAAUUGUACGCACAGUUGACUUGCGUAAACCUACAAUUUUACCUAUAUGUGUGUCCUUGAUGACAUUCUGCACACUGUAAUACUUUGAGUUUUGUCUCAAGACAAAGAAUUCUACGUUUUUUAAUACUACUUGAACACAAUGAAAUAUGCUGUCGCUUGGAAGUCGUCAUUCCAACUGCAGCUGAUGCUCACGUACGGGUCCUGUCAGACGUUUGUGCAUGCGAGUCCCCCCCCUUCUUGCUAGACUAAAGCCUGUCACAGCGUGGUCUGUGGCCGAGAAACAAAGGUACGGCCGGGCGGCAUACGCGCGAACCUUAAAACAUCUAGUUCUUUACACUCCAUAGCCGCAAUUGAACUUGCUGUAGCUGAUAUUUGCAGAACAGCAGAUAGCUUAGUCUAACUUGUGUGUGUAUCUCGUCCCCCUCUUGCAUAGCUUCCCCCGCUUCCCCUGCUCUUUUAACUGUGCUGCGGUAACUGCAUCUGUUGUUCACUGAGCUGAAGCAGACCAGUGAUGUCACCUGACUGUUUUUUUGCCUGUGGCCAUUUCAUACUAACUGAAAUUUACAGAUGUGCUUUACUGGGGCAGUAAAAUUAACACCGCGGAAAAUGAAUUUGCGCAUUUUGAAGACGUGCUAAGUGAGGGAUUGGUGUACUCUGUAACUGGGCCAAAAAUUUUAAUACUUAAAUACACAUAAUAUUUCUGCUUGCCGUUUUACCAUUUAUCAUAUUUAUGAGGGAAUUGUGUAAUUCCUCCAUGUUAAUAGGUGGCUCAAGUAGAUUCCAUUCCAGCGUUUCGUCUUAAUCAAUCAAUUUACUUUUUAAUUAUUCUCGAGUCUUGCCAUUUAAAAUUAACUGUCAGAAUACCACACAGAAGGUCAACACAUGAAAUAAUAUCCUCAAAAAGCUGUGCAGUAGUGAGUAGGGAGUGAACACCAGUGUGCCUAUAACUUCUGCAAAAGCAUUGAGUUACUCUUACGAGAAUAUGCUUACCUUGUUUGGUGCCAUUAUGAACACGCUCAAAAAGUAGAUGUCGCUUAAAAUGAAACCUACACUAGGCAAGAAGGUAGUCCUGAGUACGCGGACAGGUUUUGAACAAACUGUCGAUGGAAGAAACAGGAGGUUUGGGAAUGCGAGGACUUGACACGGGAAGGGUCUCGGUGAAGCUAGUUUAUGACGUGCGCUAACAAGACAGAGCCAACAUGAACCGACAUGGACGGGAAAACACGGAGAAUGCUCGACAGAACCAGAACUGGUGUGGUCCCUGUGAAGUGCGACUUUGUAAUGGAGACCUAUCAUGCAAGUGUGGGGAGACUCAAACAGUCGUUUAUUCCACUGCCCCGUUAUGCGCAGUUCAACUGCAGGACAAACGACCUUCAGAAAGAAUGCAAUUCAUUAGCUGACCUCUCAACACUGCGCUGGAAGAAUUCAAAGUCAGAACAUGAAAAAGUAAAGUAAGUUUUGAUUAAUUUCAGCAAGUGUCGCACAUCUUACAUUUGAAAACCAGAUAUCAUAAGAUACUACACAAAUGGUUGGACUUUCAGUUUGGUCUUUUAAAAAAACAUUUUGAAUGCUAAAAACAAAUAUUAUACACUUAUUGUUGUCAGUAGUGGCAUCUGUGAAAAACUAAUAAACAAAAAAGAACAGUGUGCAUGCUUGCUAAAUUUGGCAGCCUCUUAAUUUGCAUGUUUGGAAAUGUUACUUACUUUCCUAAUGUGUCUUGUACAAAACCAAGUUCUAAAAUGUAAAUGAAUAUUAGUUUUUUCAAGUAUAAUUAAUCAAAAUUAUUUGCUUGGAGCAGUUGUCACUCAAAUGAAUAAGUGUGUAUGUACGUUCUACACAUAAAACAUUUUUUUUAGUUACAAGUAACAUCCUGAACUAUAUAUAACUAAGGUAACUUUGCAGUUCAGUAAACAUGCGAAUGGCAUGCUGAUAAGAGCAUGGGCAUUAAGCCCACCUGUGUUGAUUAAUUUCUUACGAAUUUUGUUCUUAACAAUCGGCUAAUUAUUUUGACUCUUCAAAAUCACGUAGUCAUGGAAAUGAUAGGGUUUAAUACUUGGUUUCCUGUAGAAUGCUGUGGAGAUGCAAGAAAAUAAUCUGAAACCAAGUCGUAAGAGUGCUGAAAAUUUCCUUCAGAUAACUGAGCAUUCAGGAUGCUGUGUUUAGUCAGAAAUCAUUUGAUAAGGGUCUCAUUGGGAGAGAUUGUGAAGUUGUUUGAAGGCCUCUCUCCAAGUUAUUUUUUACGGCCAUAGAGAUCCAGCUCUACUUUAUCUCAGGGCAUGAUACUGUCACGUGGCUGAUAAAGGAUUGCCUACAUCUUUAUGAAAAUAUGCCAAAAACCUGCCCCACACUCAGUGUCUUACGAUGCUAUAGAUUUAAACACACAUGACUGAUACGUCGGCGCUCAAGACAUUCCACGCGCCUAAAUACGUCACACUUACUCCACCUUUGGAAUGAUGGAACAAAUCUGGAUUAAGUUUGCAAAAAAAAAAUUGGUUGUCUGUAAAGUCUGUUUACAGACGAUAGUUUAACGUGACAACGUCAUAACAAAACAUUGAUGAAAUGAUUGCAUAAUUUUAUGAAUAAAAUUGAAUCAUUUUUAUUGAAUUAUCACUAUUUUGUAUGGAUACAAAGGAGGAGUGAAAUGAAAUAUACAUUUAAUUGAUACAUUUACUUUUAUUUGUACUCAUUAAUUCAAAUAUGUUUAUUACUUUAACGAAGAGAUUAUUUUAACUAUAACUUUUAUACAUGUUUGCUAUUUAACUUCUUCCAAUCUGUGUUAUUCUGUUAAGGAUAGAACAAUGAUAGGAAAAGUAGGAAACGAAUGGGAGUGUUUCAAGUUUAAUGUGGCUCGAAAAAGUCAAAUAGAAGGUUGUUCCAAUCGAGUGGAAGAGAGAUAGAUGCGGCGCAAGCGUACAAUGAGCGUAACGGGACAUAGCGCAAUGGGACAAUGUGUGUAAUGGGACACUUUCGUGCGUGCAGCCGGCGUUCAUCGAUUUAUUAGAUGUCAUGUCAAAAAAACCUUCUAUUGUUUACUCUUGCAUCAUUACUUGCUACUAACUGCAGAUUGCCUCUCGGCAUGCAACUGACUCGGUGAGUAAAGGACUGCGCCACGUUGCACAGAGGGCGACAGAGACCCAUGUGUUCUCUCUGGCGCUUGAUGAUGAUAAUGGUGUCACUGGUUACAAAUUACAUAACGUAAAAAAAAUGAAGACACUUAUUACACAUGAAAUAUAAACAAUGGCAAUAUGCAUAUCAACAAACGAAACCCUUCAUUGUUAAAAAAUACAAAACUAAGAAAUGACAUGUAAACUAAUUAUAUUUAAGUAAAUUUAAUAGCACCAUUCAAAAGGAUUAAAUUGUAAUUAGUCAAUGUUAACUAACUAAAAACUUUAUCACAAAAAAAACCUUAAAGAUAAAUCAUUAAAACAAAACAGACUAAUAAUGCCACUGAUGCAUGUACACUGCUGCCAACUGUAGGCAGUUGCUGAGACACUGUUUGAACACACUCGUGUGCUUACAAAAGCACGCAACGCUCACACGCUCACACGCUCACACGCUCACACGCUCACACUCUCACACUCUCACGCUCUCACACUCUCACGCUCUCACACGCUCACACGCUCUGACGCUCACACGCUCACACGCUCACAUGCUCACACGCUCACACGUCAAUGCACUGACCCAAAGAAACUUUCUGCUAGAGGAAGGGCGUGAACGAUGUCAGCUUAAGAAUUGGUGAAACAAAGUUGA